AUGGCAUUUAACGCAAAGAAUCUACAGUACAACAAGCAAGAACCCGCAUUCCUCCGCAAACUGAAAGGGGAGUUUGGUGGCCUUGAUGGAAGACAUAACGUCCAGAUCGCUCGACCCAAAAAAGACAGGCUGAAGACCGGUGACGACGAUGAAGACGAGCCAGUGAUCGUUGACGAGCAAGGCGAAAGGAUUGAAAAGGCCGAGUUUGAGCGGCGGGUCAAAGGCGAAGACGAGAGCGAUAAGCCAGCCGUGACGGAGAAUGCACAAGGCUCAGAGCUGGGGGCCCAAGAAGGCACAAAGCAGUCUGAGCGGCAGAGAGUCACCGAAAUUGGCUCGUCGACGGCAGCAAAGAAGAGAAAGAUUGGAAAAUUUGUUGGCGGAGAGGGCGAGAACCAACGAAGCGAAAGCGAUGGAGACGAUAAGCAGAAACGCUUGGACAGAGGGCGAACCGAUGAAGUCCAUCCAGCCCCGAAAUCUGCCACCGCGCCAAAGAAGAAAGGGAAGAAGAUUAAAUUGUCCUUUGACGAGCCUGAAUGA